AGAUUUUUGACAGAUGUAAGUUUUUCAAUGCAGGGACAUUAAUUAAAGAAAUAGCAAGUAAAUAUAUAUAUAUUUGAAAAACAAUUGUCAUCAGUUUUCUGCAAAUUCUAGCCCGUAGUUCUCAUCGGAAACACAAUAUUGGAGGCAUUUUAAAUAUUUUGGCCAUCUGGCCACAUAUUUUCCUGGACGGCAGUGCAAUCUGGCAGCUUUGUCAAGGAAGCUACUUGGAGUUCUUAGGACCCCCCUGUGUACGAUGGCUGCCCAGAUGCUGAGUAGCCUCCAAAGUGAUGCCCGGCAGAAGCUUGAGAGUGGCACUUACUCUCUGAUGCAGGCGCCACUCGUCAUGGCCGUAGACAGCACAAACCAGGUUUAUUUACACAAGGAUGGACCUAACCAAGAUGUGGUCAAAUGUCUCCAGGGCCAGGAUGACUGGUCCAGCGACAAAGUUCUGACCCCGAAGCUGAAAGCCUCGAGUUUCGGGGACUAUGACUUCUCGCUGGGGUUGAUCCCCUCGAUUUAUUUUGAGUCAAGGGAGAAAUUUGAUUCUCUUUACUCGCAGGAAUGGCAAGAUGCUGAACCAUUUGAUCCAAACAAGACUGUGGAGACUGUUGAAAAAAUUCCUUUUGAAGAAGCUCUGAAACAGCUGACGGUGACGCUGUCCUGCAAUAUGGAGUAUUAUUUGGCUAACCGGGAUGAAAUGGAGCAGGAUUUAGGGCGCAAGCUGGACAGUUUCAAUGCAGAAGAUGAGAGUUUCAUGAAGAGGUUAGAACGAGAGCUUUUCUACAACCAAGUCAUCAAGAUAGUCGGUGAGAGCGAGGAUGACGACAAGGCAACCUGUUCAGUGAUGCUCAAGGACUUCAAGAAUUUGUUUUAUGAUGGUAAUGACACAUACGCGACGGCAAGACGAGGUGACCAUUACCUCAUAUUCCAACACGCCACCUCAUAGGAAAGCUAUAGGUGUCACCUCAUAGGAAGGUUAUAGGUGCCACCUCAUAGGAAGGUUAUAGGUUUAGAAACUAAUCAAGUGAUAAUUGGAGCUGUGCUGCUGAGAGAGCUGGCGCUAAAAUAAAGGUCACAAAAAAGACUAUUCGAAUUUUUUAACUAUAACAAUGUAUCUUUUGUAUGUGUAAAGCUUAUGUUAUUUCUUGUGUUCUGUUCUGGUAUGUUUCUUUUAUUCUGGGGUAAGUUGACCGAUUAAACUUUGUUGAGAAAUAUCUUCACAUCUUUGAAGCUUUCA